AUGGAUUGUUCUUCUAGCACCGUCGAGCUCAAGGACAACACCGUCAUUGUCGUGCUCGGCGCCUCUGGUGACCUGGCCAAGAAGAAGACUUUCCCAGCUCUUUUCGGUCUCUACCGCAACAAGUUUCUUCCCAAGGAUAUCAGAAUCGUCGGCUAUGCACGGACAAAGAUGGACCACACAGAGUUCUUGAAGCGGGUGCGCUCUUACAUCAAGGUCCCGACGAAGGAGGUGGAGGAGCAGCUAGACGGCUUCUCCAAGAUCUGCUCUUACGUCUCUGGUCAGUAUGACCAGGACGAAUCGUUCAUCGCCCUCAACAAGCACGUGGAGGAGCUCGAGAAGGGCCAGGAGACGCAGAACAGAAUCUUCUACAUGGCACUGCCUCCCAGCGUUUUCAUCACAGUAUCUGAGCACCUCAAGAAGAACUGCUACCCCAGGAAUGGUAUUGCGCGCAUCAUUGUUGAGAAGCCUUUCGGAAAGGACCUCCAGAGCUCUCGAGAGCUGCAGAAGGCCCUGGAGCCCGACUGGAAGGAGGAGGAGAUCUUCCGUAUCGACCACUACCUCGGAAAGGAGAUGGUGAAGAACAUUCUCAUUCUGCGAUUCGGUAACGAGUUCUUCGGCGCUACGUGGAACCGCCACCACAUCGAUAACGUUCAGAUUACAUUCAAGGAGCCCUUUGGCACGGAAGGCCGAGGAGGUUACUUCGAUGAGUUCGGAAUCAUCCGUGAUGUCAUGCAGAACCAUCUCCUGCAGGUUCUGACCCUGCUCGCUAUGGAGCGCCCCAUUUCUUUCUCCGCAGAGGAUAUCCGUGACGAGAAGGUGCGCGUCCUGCGUGCGAUCGACGCCAUUGAGCCCAAGAACGUCAUCAUCGGCCAGUACGGACGAUCCCUGGACGGCAGCAAGCCUUCGUACAAGGAGGAUGACACGGUCCCCAAGGACUCUCGUUGCGCUACCUUCUGCGCCCUGGUCGCAUACAUCAAGAACGAGCGAUGGGACGGCGUUCCCUUUAUCCUCAAGGCAGGCAAGGCCCUGAACGAACAGAAGACGGAGAUCCGUAUCCAGUUCCGCGACGUUACCUCGGGCAUCUUCAAGGACAUUCCUCGUAACGAGCUCGUCAUCCGUGUUCAGCCCAACGAAUCCGUCUACAUCAAGAUGAACUCCAAGCUCCCCGGUCUGUCCAUGCAGACCGUCGUCACCGAGCUGGACCUGACCUACCGCCGUCGUUUCUCCGACCUCAAGAUCCCCGAGGCGUACGAGUCCCUGAUCCUGGAUGCCCUGAAGGGUGACCACUCCAACUUCGUCCGUGACGAUGAGCUCGACGCUAGCUGGAGAAUCUUCACUCCUCUCCUCCACUACCUCGACGACAACAAGGAGAUUAUCCCGAUGGAGUAUCCCUAUGGCUCCCGUGGUCCCGCCGUGCUGGACGACUUCACGGCGUCAUUCGGCUACAAAUUCAGCGACGCUGCUGGCUACCAGUGGCCCGUGACGUCCAUUCCUACCCGGCUGUAG